AAGACGGCUGGGCUAAGGCCAGCUUUUCAGCGGUACCAGGCGGGGUUAAGGCCAGCUUUUCAGCGGUACCAGGCUGAAUAGGAGGGAAGAGUGCACUGGGGGCGCGGGUUGUGAUCAGGGUUCGCGCCCCGGUUCUUCCUGUUCCUGCCGCACCCUCUUCCCUGGCGGCUAGGGGCGGGCACCGCGGGCUGAGUGGUGGCGGGACGGAGGACGGCGGAGAUGGAGGAGCCUGACGCCGCACGCCCACCCUCUCGCCUGGUCAGGCUGCUGUCGGCGCUCUUCUACGGGACAUGCUCCUUCCUCAUCGUGCUGGUCAACAAGGCGCUGCUGACCACCUACGGUUUUCCCUCACCAAUUGUUCUUGGAAUUGGGCAGAUGGCCACCACCAUAAUGAUACUGUAUGUGUCCAAGCUAAAUAAAAUAAUCCACUUCCCUGAUUUUGACAAGAGAAUUCCUGGAAAGCUGUUUCCUCUGCCCCUUCUCUACGUUGGAAACCAUAUAAGUGGCUUAUCAAGCACAAGUAAAUUAAGCUUGCCAAUGUUCACUGUGCUCAGGAAAUUUACAAUUCCACUCACUUUACUCCUGGAAGCCAUCAUACUCGGACAGGGUCUCUUACUGAACAUGGAGUUCACCUAUUGGCUAGAAGGGUGGCCAGCAAGCUCCAGGAUCUGCCUGUUUCUGCUUCCUAGGCUUGUGCUAUUCGGCCAAGAUUUUCAAGAGUCCUGGAGUUCUGAACUCACAUUGAAACAAUAUUCCUUGAACAUCAUCCUCAGUGUUUUGGCCAUCGUGCUUGGAGCUUUCAUAGCAGCUGGCUCUGACCUUGCAUUCAACUUGGAAGGCUACAUUUUUGUAUUCUUGAAUGAUAUCUUCACAGCAGCAAAUGGAGUUUAUACCAAACAGAAAAUGGACCCGAAGGAGCUGGGGAAAUAUGGAGUGCUUUUCUACAAUGCCUGUUUCAUGAUCAUCCCAACUGUCAUUAUUAGUGUUUCUACUGGAGACUUUCAGCAGGCCACUGAAUUCAGCCACUGGAAGAACGUCUUAUUUAUCAUUCAGUUUCUUCUUUCCUGUCUUUUGGGGUUUCUGCUGAUGUACUCCACAGUUCUUUGCAGCUAUUACAACUCAGCUCUGACCACAGCAGUGGUUGGAGCUAUCAAGAAUGUAUCGGUUGCCUACAUUGGGAUGUUGGUUGGUGGCGACUACAUUUUCUCUCUCUUAAACUUUAUAGGGUUAAAUAUUUGCAUGGCAGGUGGUUUAAGAUACUCCUUUUUAACACUGAACAGCCAGUUAAAACAUAAACAACCCGUGGAUGAAGAAAGCAUCCCUCUGAAUAUGAAGAGCUAGACUGGAAGAUGGAAUUACAGGACUAGGCUGGAGAGGACAGUCCCAAGAUCCCACACCUGGGACAGUCACCUGCUUGGUCAGAGCAGGAACAGGAAUGUCUGUGAAAUACAAAGAAAGCUACCUCACACAUCACUGCUCAUGAGCCACAAGGGACCCAAGACACACAGCACAGAACCUUCCUGACUAAGUGAUUUUGCUCAGAGUCAGCCUUGGGGCCCUACACUGUGUGCUGAGGGGAUGUUUCAAGGGUGACUGCUUAUCUGCACCUUGGCCUUAAUUUCAAAGGUCCCAGCCAAAGCAAGUGCCAGGGAGAACUUUCUGUUGUUGAAACAUCUCUUUAUUUUCAUAAAAAUCAGUCCAUUUUGAUUUAAACUGUGUUGGUAUGUUGUUUUCCAAAUCAUCAAAGUGAAAUAAAAAGCCAUUUCUAUAUA